AUCCCACUCAAACAAGUUGGAACUGCCCGCCUGUCUUCUUCUUUAGUUUUCUGAGCAGCUUAUCCAUCAAUGGCUUCCUUUAACCCAAGUGGGUACGAAAAGUAUUCAGGUUCAGCAGCAGAAGCAACCAAGUUUGGCCAAGACGCCGCCACGACUGGGAUUCCAGUUAGCUCCUCCAACGCCUACUACUCCGACACUUCUCAAACCACCAACACUCGUCCUCAGACUAAAACGAGAGUCCCUUGGUCAUCUGGCCUCUGUGGCUGCUUCUCUGACUGGAGAAACUGUUGCAUAACAUGUUGGUGCCCUUGUGUGACUUUUGGCCAGAUUGCUGAGAUUGUAGAUAAAGGAUCGUCAUCGUGUGGGGUAAAUGGAGCACUUUACACACUGAUAGCAUGCGUGACGGGGUGCGCAUGUUGCUAUUCCUGCUUUUACCGAGCCAAAAUGAGGCAGCAAUACAUGUUGAAGAAACACCCUUGCGGGGAUUGCCUUGUCCACUGCUUCUGCGAGUAUUGCGCCUUGUGCCAAGAGUACCGUGAGCUCAAAUCCCGCGGCUACGACUUAUCCAUUGGGUGGCACGGAAAUAUGGAAAAACAGAGUCGUGAAGUGGCGAUGACUUCAAUCCCACCGACGGUGGAAGGAGGGAUGAGUCGAUGAAACUACAUCACCCACACUACAAGUUUUCAUCUUUCUUUAACUACUAUUGUUGUUAUUAUAGUAAAAAUCUCAUGACUGUCAAUGUCAUAUAUUAUAUUUAUCUUGAUUUUAAGGUUUUUCCUAUGACACCCUUUACCCGACUUGGAUCACCGAGUCCAGAUAUCGGAUGUUAUGACAUACAAACACUUGGCAUAAAUGUUUAAACAAUCUGCGUAUAAUCCCUUUUCAUCA